AUGGUUUUGGAAGCUGGUUCAAAUCCGAUAGAAACAAUUAAACACCCUGGAAAAUUCGACACAAUGUUGAAAACAGUUUUAUAUCCUAAAGUUUUUGAAUCAGUCUCAGGUUGGAUACCCGAUGUUGGGGAUGGAAGUGUUUUAAAAGAACCGGUAAAAAAUCUUGCAAUUGAUGCUGAUUUAGCUAGAGUGAGAGUUGUUGCUCGAAACACUAUAAAAAGAGUGGAUUCGAAAAAACGAGUUCUUCAGUACAAUAAUAUUGUUGAGAAUAAUAGGUGGGGUAAUUACGUAAAUUGGAAAUUAUAUCCUUUAUUCGGUCUGUUGGAACAUAGAAAAGUUUCCAUAGGGUUACCAUAUAAAAUUCAUCUACAAAGAGAAAUCAACGAUGAUAAGAUAUUCUUUGGAGAGAAUGGUUCAGAUGCAAAAUUAGAAAUAACGAAUCUCCAACUUUUCAUACCCGUAAUAACACCAUCAAUUGAAGUAGAAACGAGAAUAUUCAACUCAUUAACUAAAGAUAUUGAAAUAGCUUUUCUUCAUCGUAACACGGUAGGUAGCAUGACUUUAACGGGAGAAUCCACCACGUGGCCAAUCACUAACACUAUUAAACCAGCAAGAUAUUUAAUGGCUGGUUUCAAGAACUUACCAGAUUCUCAAACGAAUAACAAUAAUGUCGUUAGAGUGGCAAUGAACCAAACUCAAAAUCCUUUAAUCCAUAAAGUCCAUGUAAGGUUAAACAACGAUAAUUAUCCUAACCAACCUUUAACAAUUAAUCCAACCACAAAGGAUUAUAAUGAAUUGUAUAGAAACUAUAAAAACAUGUGUGAAUUAUUUGGAAAUCCACCUCAGUUUGAAUAUGUAGAUUUUGCACUUAAUCAUCCAAUCUUCUGUUUUGAUCUAUCAGCUCACCAAGAAGAUCUUUUCAAAACAGGAGUCAACAUAAAUAUUCAUAUUGAAAAAACACAAGGAGAUGUGACAGGUUAUUGUUUAUUAUUGGAAGAAGCAAAACAUUUAAUUAAAAUAGCAGAUAGAAGAAUGAUAAGAAUUGAGGUUAAUAGAUUUAAUGAAUGGGGGUAUAUUGGCAUUGCCGAUUACAAGGAUUUACUAGCAUACUCAAAAUUUCUAAAUGUAAUUAAAAAGACGGGACCCGAAACAAGAAGAUUACAAGAUGUGGAAAAAUAUUUAAAUAAAGUUAUUCCUGAUGAAGAGGAAUCAGAUGAUUAUGCAGAAGAUUAUCCACCAAUCAUACGAGAAAUAGACGAAUUGGAGGAGGAGAUAGCUAGAGAAAACAGUGGACAAGGAAUAACGUUUUUAUUCGACAACAACGAGGAACUACUUAAUAGAUUAGAAAUAAUAUUAGCGGCAAUGAAGGAAGGACAUCGAUCACACAGACAAUAUAAUGAAGUAAAUUGUAUAUUAAAAAGACUCCUAGAGAAAGGUAUUAUAGAUAAAAAUGAUUAUAAAAGCGUGAUUAAAAAUGUCAAAUAA